AUGUACAAAGCUGUCCUCGCUGGUCUGGCUUGCUCUGUCGAGCCAUCAAUCACACCUCCGGCGGGCGAGGACCGCACAGGUUCAGGCAGUUCAGUCAGCCGGUAUCGAGCAUAUGCUUCUUUGCCUCCGACAGCCGUACACCCCGCUUUUCGACAUUGGGACAGGCAACACAGUGAGCAUCCACAGCCUCUACAAAGUCACUCUCCAAAAUCUUCGAUGUCAUCGAAGACCAGCAGUGAGAUCUCCGAGAUCGAUAAGGAGACUCGGCCAGGUGUUACGGAGCAUUGGAAUGCAGAUGACUUUCCGGCCUCGCCAAAUGCUGUCGACUCGGGUCUGAAACGACGCGACUCGUCCCAUUCGGACCUUACCGUCGAGGAGCAGGCUCAGUUUGCUCACGCAGUACUGAUCACGCGCGCCGUACGGAAGAGCUUUCACCCACGAGGACGAGCAGCCACCUCGAUAAUCCAGUCCAUGGUAAGCGCGUAG